CAUCGUCGAACUACAUUUAACUCAGUAGGAGUUAGGUCAGACAUUAUUCGGGCGUAAAAUGGAAUUUGGAUAAUCGAUGCCUCGUAUCGUACAACCUGACACACGUCACUCUUCAAUCGUGAUAAAGAUACUUUAAUAGCUUAACAAAUAUUACAUAAUCCCAAAAAAGAAGAAAGAAAAAUAACUGAAGAUUAGAAAAUAGAAGAAUAGUGAAAUCUUUUUAUAGAAAUGACUCUUAGGUGUUAGAUAAAAGGAAUGAAAUAAAUAGACAGGAAAAUAAGGAUAGACGUUUUGACGUAAGUGUAUCAUCGGUGUAUAUCUCUGUGUAUGUGUAUAAACGCGUGGGUGAAUCUUUAAAGGAAAUAAAGAUAGAGAAGGAAGGAAGAAGUACGCUUAUCGAAAGAAUGAAAAAAACUUUGUGAAAAAAGAGGCUAAGGGAAUUAGAUAGAAAAAAAAAAGAAUAAAAAGAAGAAUAAGAAUAAGAAGAAGGUAGGAAACCGUGGGAUUAUAUCUGGCAUCGAUUAAUGUAUACCACGAUCCGUGCUUAAUGGAGCGAGGUCAAGGCGAGUGCCGUGUACGAGGAGGAUGACGAGAGGUGCUUCUUCGAGGACGAAAACGAAGAAAAAAAAGACAACGACGAGAACGAGAACGUUGACUAAAAUCAGAAUUACUUUUACAAAGACAUCGGUUACGACGAAUAACACGAAUAUUACGAAAUCAACUCUUCUAAUCAAGAAGAAUACGAAGAGCUCGAGCGGAAAAAGUCGUUAAAGAAAAUUUGAGAGAGAAAUAAAGAAUCGGUUUACGGAAGAAAGGGAGAAAGGGAAAAAGGGAGAAGGGGAGGAAAGAGAGAGAGAAAGGAGAUACAUUUUCUAAGACGCGGAAUAUCGCACGUAAUAUCGCGCAAAACGACGACGACGACGACGACAACAACCAAGGAAAAGGUACGAACACGGGAAAGCAGAUAAGCGUUAAACUGCCGAGAAGAAGGUGUAGAUAGAGAAGAAGGAAGGGGGUGAAAAAGGGGGUUGAGGGUGAACGGGCUACAGCGCAGGAGGAAAAGGAGGACGAGGAGGAGGAGGGGGAGGAGGAAAAUAGUGUACGCGCGUGUCACUCCGUUCUCUCGUGGAUAUAUACAUAUAUAUAUAUAUAUAUAUAUAUAGAUAUAUAUUUAUAUGUACAUAUAUAUAUAUAUGUGUGUGCGUGUAGCUCCGUGUGUAUGUGACAGUGUUAUUUACCAAGUACGUCGUCGCGCGAGUGACUGACAAUAAACGCGUCUAGCGGAAAAGGAAACUCAGAUAUAUCCGGAGAUUUUGACGGGAAGAAGGAAGAAGGUGGGAGGAAAGGUGAAACGGCAGGAUGGAGGACCGCCGUGGAAAGUGGCUCUACGCCGUUUUGCAUCUACUGACAUUUCUCUACAGGCACGCUGAAUGUGCGUCAAAAAGCGGAGGCUCGGUUGUCGAGCAUCAUUCUUCAGCAUACUGGGAGCAACCCUUUAGUCAACCUUAUUUCGACAACACAACCAAGAGAGAAACUACGACAACAGUCGGUCAAACCGCUUACUUACAUUGCAGAGUACGCAAUCUUGGAGAUCGUGCUGUAUCGUGGAUUAGAAAACGAGAUCUACACAUACUAACCGUAGGAAUUUUAACUUAUACGAAUGAUCAACGCUUUCAAUCAUUGCACAGCGAUGGAAGCGACGAAUGGACUUUAAAAAUUAGUUCACCCCAAGUCAGAGACAGCGGGACUUAUGAGUGCCAAGUUUCGACCGAACCGAAAAUCAGUCAAGCAUUUAAUUUGAGCGUAGUGGUGUCGAAAGCGAAAAUCAAUGGCAAUUCGGAAUUGUACAUCAAGAGUGGAAGCGACAUAAACCUGACUUGCAUCGUACUGCAAACACCCGAGCCACCUUCCUUCAUUUAUUGGUACAAGGGCGAUCACGUUAUCAAUUAUAGUCAAAGGGGUGGAAUAAACGUCGUUACGGAGAAGCAAACACGAACAUCGCGUCUUUUAAUAUCCAAGGCGUUACCUGCUGAUUCUGGAAAUUACACGUGUGCCCCAUCCACGGCUGAAUCAGCGAGCGUUCUGGUCCACGUUCUGAACGGAGAACAUCCGGCUGCAAUGCAACAUGGAAAUUCAAGCAACAGCGGUGCUGCCACGAGGACACUGGCAUUGCUGCUCUUACUUCUGCACGCCGGAUCCUUCGCGAGGUGACUGGUCGAUUGCGAGGACGUUCUAUAAACGCGCCAACAUCGAUCGUGUCUCUCCCAAGCCUCCUAUCUGACAGGGGAACGUGUGGAAUAGGGAGAAGAACAAGAAGAGAGAACUAGAAGAAAAAAAAACAAGAAGAAGAAGAAGAACGAGACUGGAAAAAAAGAUCAAGAGCUAGAGAGAAAGAGGGAAUAAAAAAAUAAAAAAAUCGAAAACAGAAACUA